CUACCUCUGUGGCCUCUGACACUUUGGCUUUUGUUAACACUUCACAUUGAAAUUGACCCUGGCUCGAUGUGAAGGGAGUGAUGAUGAGGAGGAGGAGGGCAGAGGGAGGUGUUUCACAGUGCGGAGAAAAAAAAAAAAAAAAAAAAAAGAGCGGAUCGGCGAUUGACAAUUUCCUGAUGGGAGGUGCCGCUUAUCAUUCCCCCAAAUCUCCCCUGCUCACCGCAGGACACUCUGGAGCUGCACGCUCGCAAUGGACUGAAACUCUCUGUGUGGAUUUAAUACUUAACCGGUGAAACCUUCCGCUGCGACUGCGUGACUUUCUUUGAGACUCAUGUUAGUCUCUGGACGUCCAGCCUUAAUGAGGCCUGCAGGUAUGAUUCCAAGGAGUGAGACUGUUCUGUCUUUCCUGCGAGAGCUCCAGGAGGCCACAGAGACUUCUGGCCUGGAUGCUGUGACCAGGGUGGCCCAGGAGGUUGAGCAGGUCCUCUCUCCAUUCCAGCUUCCCAAAACCCCCUGUCAGGAUAUCCCAAGGUGGGCAGGUGUGGACGACACAGCUCGUGGGUUAUACCCAGCUGAUGCACCCGGGGGUCUCCUGCCGCUGAAGUGUAAUGGAGAAGGCAACUUGCUGUUUGAUGCUGUUAGCAUGCUGCUUGUGGGUAACACUGGACUUAGCUUGGAGCUACAGGUACGAACUGUAGUGGAAAUGGUGCUGUGGAAGAGGUAUUACUUGUCUGGGAUGAUAGAUUCAAAAAUGAUGCUCCAGGCUGUUCGCUUCAGUUUGUGUGCAGAAGAGUCUGAAGACAUGCUCAACCUGCCUAUAACAGUCUUGGAGGCCAUCUUUGAUGCAGACGUGAAAGCUUCCUGCUUCCCCGGCUCCUAUGCUAACAUGUGGCAUCUGUAUGCUCUGUCAUCAGUUCUUCAGUUCAACAUCUACUCCAUCUACCCCAUGUUCAACCUCAAGAUCAGACCUUAUUUCAACCGACUCAUACGCCCCAGGAAGUGGCCUGAAGAUUCGCAGCCGCAAACCAUACACAUAAUGUGGUCUGGCGAGCUUCUGUCUGAGUCGUUCAGGCCAAAUUAUUUUGUUGGGUUUGUUCCGAGAAGUGCGCCCAUGAUUGGAAGCCCUGAAAGCGGGCAGAGCAUGUUGCAACUCAAAAGCCAAGAACACCAGGAUGCACAUCUUUCUUACCCAAGUCUGAAGGACAAGUACAACAUCACCAAGAGGACCUUCUACCGAUGGAAGAGGCAGACACAGGAGCACUGCAAAAAGUCUGCUGCUAGAUAUGAGGCUAAGUAUUUCCUACAGGCUUGCUACUUGGAAGGCAAGCUAAUUCCUUUGCACCAGUUUAAAGAGUUUUUUCCAGAGAUCUCCAGGUCAUCGUACUAUAACUGGAAGCAUGAGCUCUUGAAAUCUGGAGGAAACCUCUCUACCUCAUCUUCAACUGGAGAGAUUAGUCCCGGAGAGAGCACAGAGCAGGAAGCUUGGUCAUCACCGGAAGCAAAGCAGUAUGAGUCAGACCAGCAUGACAGCGUGGCCAGCAUGUUCGGCCUCAGCCUCGGCAGGCUGGAUGUGGAGCGGGCUCAGAAUGUAGCACAUAUGCAGGAAGCUAAGCGCUGUCUGCAGCAAUGCGUUGCCAUGAACACCUCCUUCCCUUUCAGGAUCUUCAAGAGGAAUUUUCCAGGAAUCUCUAGAUCAACCUACUACAACUGGAGGAGAGAAGCCAUGUUCAUUAAUAGGGGCUACAAAGGCAAUCUUGUCAGCAGCGAGGACAGCUCAGAUGCUGAUAAGAGUGAAAGCCCAAAGAGCCAGUCAGUGUUGUCCAGCAUUAAACCUCCCUUUGGAUCCAGGCCCAGGAUCUACAGACAAACACACAAAAGCUUCAGGGUGGCUUACAUGAGUAAAAAGCAACUUAGAGAAGCUGCAAAGUUGCAUGUCCAGAAAUCCAGAUGGUCCUUGACAAAGUUCAAGCUCAAGUUCCCAUCCAUGUCUUCUUGUCUUUAUUGGCUGUGGCGGAGCAGCCAGAACCACAAGAUGAAGAAGAAGAAGAUGAUGAUCAACCAGAGUGCAGAGCUCAAAGUCCCAGAGAGUCUGGAGAGCACAGCUGCAGAAAAUCAGACAACGGAGACUCCGAAAGAGCUCCCACUGAUCAACAUCCCUAAUUAUCUGGAAAGUUCCACUAUGCCCUCUUUUGAUGCGCCACAGCCAAAGCACACAUUUCACAGAAAGGUGGCCCCCAUAGAUAAGCAGGUGUUUGCCAUGGAUGUUGUAGCUUUGGCCAACUUCAAGGCCAAGGCCAAGCUCUUCCUGCAGCAACGCUUUGAAGAGAAAUCCUUCCCUACAUUCAAAGAAUUCCGGUCUUACUUCCCGUUCACUGCACGCUCAACGUACUACAUGUGGAAGCGAGCUUUGCAUCACGGAGUGUCACUGGUUCAUGGAUAAAUGUGCAAAGCUGCAAUCCCACUAAAAAUGGGAGCAAAAUGAGAGCAAGCUGUAGAACCUGCUGACCCCAAAAACGUCACCUUCAUGCUACUGCGUUAUAUAAACUACCUCCUUGUUGUUAACUUUAUGCUCUAAGAGAUUAAGAACAUUGGUUUAGCAUCUAAAUGCAUUGUGUCCUUCCUCUUCCCCACCACCUCAGAUCAUUCCUCCCUCCUGGACAUUUGCACAUGUGUGAAAAGAAACUACACUGUGGGUGUGUUUAAACCCUGCAUGUUGCCCUCCAGGCAAAAGGCAGUUCAAAGCUGUUGUUUUGUGCCAUUUUGUUUGAAGCUUUUUCUUCUGCAUUCGUUUUAAUCCAUUUUUUCACAUAGGGCCUUCAUUUUUUUUGUGUGUGUGUGUAGGUGUAAAAGCAUGCACAUCUGCCUUCUGUUGCAUGUAAUAACUGACUUGUGAGGUCUUUUGUAGUUUAAAGAUGUUUUUUUGUUUUCUAUUAUUAUUUCUUUGAAUGUAAAGAACAGCUUACAUUAGUUUUCUGAGAUCAGUCUUUUUUCCUUUGCUCAAACAUCUCUUGCAAACAAAGGUCCAGUCCUGUUGUGUAUUUCUUUGAUUAUCCAACUCUGGGAUUCACUUGGUGCACUGAAGUUAGGUGGUUAUAGAAACGUUUUGGUAUUUUAAAAUGCCCCUUUCUUUUUAAAAACAUGAUGAAACUGAGUUUUGUCACACUAAAAUUGCACUGAAAUGCUUCCCAUUAUACUGUUGAAUGUAUUUUCUUAGCUGUUAUGCACAGUUUGAUUUACUUCCUGACAAUUUUCUUUUAAGAAAUAACUUGAGGUGAAUAUAGAUGAUUUUUUUUAUUCUUCUGCAUUUCAAAACUACCUAUUUCCCUAAAAUAUUGGGGAAAAUAAGCCUUUAUGAGCCACUUUGGUGUACUGUACUUUACAUGCACAGAUGUAUUUUGCAGACAUGCCAAUUUAAAAGUUAUAGAUUCAUUUUUUUUUUACAUUUGUACUCCAUAUAUUUAUUU